AUGGCUUUCAAGUAUGUCGCUGAUCAAGAACCACAACGCAGACAACGAUUUUCCGACGUCGAAGAAAAUCCCCGCAGAAAAUUAAUGCCAAUUAGUGGAUAUGAAAAAAAGUCACUAGUUACAUUGGAAGAGGCGGUUGAACCUCUGGAAACAAUUGUGGACAAUGUCAAGAACAACGCCGCGUGGGCCAAAUGGAAAUGUACUGAGCCACCAGCAGAUAAUCUAACCACCGAUCAAUCAGCAGCAAUUAUCCUUUACACAAUGGAACCAAAUGAUGAAAAAGAAUGUGUAUAUUAUAUACUCAAUUCAACCCUUCGGGAUGAAGAUCGAAAAAAUCUGAAACCGUGGUUUUUAUAUCUGCGAUUAUUGCUGUCAGCUCUUGCGCUACUGCCAAACCUUCAACGUCAUGUUUACCGUGGAGUUAAAGGCAACAUGCAAAGCGCAUAUAAAACAGGGGAAAAAAUAAUUUGGUGGGGAUUUAGUUCAUGUACUUCGCAGCUGAAUGUGUUGAGUAAUGAUCAAUUCCUCGGUUCGACAGGAGUCAGAACUUUGUUCAACAUCGAUUGUAAAACGGGAAAAGAUAUUCAAAAACAUUCCGCUUUUCCACGUGAAAGUGAAAUUCUUUUACCGGCCGCUCGGUGUUUUGAAGUUGUUGCAUGUCUCCGACAAGGCCCUGAUAUGAAUAUUGUACAAUUGGAAGAAAUUGACUCACCUGUUAAGCUUAUUGAUCUUGGACCACAAAAUAUUGUUCCAUCAACCGGAGCAAGUGGAAGUAAAAGCAAUGCAACAACAACAUCGGUCGCCACCAGUAUGUCAACAAUGAAUAUCAACAAAAAUUCCACAGGUAAACUUUUAUAA